GAAGAAGAAGAAGAAGAAGAAGAAGAAGAAGAAGAAGAAGAAGAAGAAGAAGAAGAAGAAGAAGAAGAAGAAGAAGAAGAAGAAGAAGAAGAAGAAGAAGAAGAAGAAGAAGAAGAAGAAGAAGAAGAAGAAGAAGAAGAAGAAGAAGAAGAAGAAGAAGAAGAAGAAGAAGAAGAAGAAGAAGAAGAAGAAGAAGAAGAAGAAGAAGAAGAAGAAGAAGAAGAAGAAGAAGAAGAAGAAGAAGAAGAAGAAGAAGAAGAAGAAGAAGAAGAAGAAGAAGAAGAAGAAGAAGAAGAAGAAGAAGAAGAAGAAGAAGAAGAAGAAGAAGAAGAAGAAGAAGAAGAAGAAGAAGAAGAAGAAGAAGAAGAAGAAGAAGAAGAAGAAGAAGAAGAAGAAGAAGAAGAAGAAGAAGAAGAAGAAGAAGAAGAAGAAGAAGAAGAAGAAGAAGAAGAAGAAGAAGAAGAAGAAGAAGAAGAAGAAGAAGAAGAAGAAGAAGAAGAAGAAGAAGAAGAAGAAGAAGAAGAAGAAGAAGAAGAAGAAGAAGAAGAAGAAGAAGAAGAAGAAGAAGAAGAAGAAGAAGAAGAAGAAGAAGAAGAAGAAGAAGAAGAAGAAGAAGAAGAAGAAGAAGAAGAAGAAGAAGAAGAAGAAGAAGAAGAAGAAGAAGAAGAAGAAGAAGAAGAAGAAGAAGAAGAAGAAGAAGAAGAAGAAGAAGAAGAAGAAGAAGAAGAAGAAGAAGAAGAAGAAGAAGAAGAAGAAGAAGAAGAAGAAGAAGAAGAAGAAGAAGAAGAAGAAGAAGAAGAAGAAGAAGAAGAAGAAGAAGAAGAAGAAGAAGAAGAAGAAGAAGAAGAAGAAGAAGAAGAAGAAGAAGAAGAAGAAGAAGAAGAAGAAGAAGAAGAAGAAGAAGAAGAAGAAGAAGAAGAAGAAGAAGAAGAAGAAGAAGAAGAAGAAGAAGAAGAAGAAGAAGAAGAAGAAGAAGAAGAAGAAGAAGAAGAAGAAGAAGAAGAAGAAGAAGAAGAAGAAGAAGAAGAAGAAGAAGAAGAAGAAGAAGAAGAAGAAGAAGAAGAAGAAGAAGAAGAAGAAGAAGAAGAAGAAGAAGAAGAAGAAGAAGAAGAAGAAGAAGAAGAAGAAGAAGAAGAAGAAGAAGAAGAAGAAGAAGAAGAAGAAGAAGAAGAAGAAGAAGAAGAAGAAGAAGAAGAAGAAGAAGAAGAAGAAGAAGAAGAAGAAGAAGAAGAAGAAGAAGAAGAAGAAGAAGAAGAAGAAGAAGAAGAAGAAGAAGAAGAAGAAGAAGAAGAAGAAGAAGAAGAAGAAGAAGAAGAAGAAGAAGAAGAAGAUAGAAUUGAAAAAGAGGCAAGAAGGAGAGGAAGAGGUCAUUAG